AUGCAGCACAUCAUCUCUGGUGCCCCUGUGAAUGACACAGCCAUGCUCCACGAUGCCUUCACCCUCCUGGGCCUCCCAGGGCUGGAGUCCCUGCACAGCUGGCUCUCCAUCCCUUUCUGCUCCAUGUACCUGGUGGCUCUUCUGGGCAACGUUGGCCUCCUGCUGGUGAUCAAGACGGAGCCCAGCCUCCAGUACCUCUUCCUGGGCAUGCUCUCCCUCACGGACCUGGUGCUCUCCUCCUCUGCCCUGCCCAAGCUGCUCGCCAUCCUCUGGUUUGGCAGGAAGGGCAUCGGCUUCCACGCCUGCCUGGCCCAGAUGUUCUUCAUCCACUCCUUCACUGCCAUGGAGUCUGGCUUCUUCCUGGCCAUGGCCUACGACCGCUACAUGGCCAUUUGCCAGCCCCUGCACCACACCACUGUCCUCACCAACGCCCUCCUGGCCAAGGUGGGGCUGGCCGUGGUGGCUCGGGGGCUGGUGCUGUUCCUCCCACACCCGUUCCUGGUGGGGCGGCUGCCCUUCUGCAAGUCCAAGGUCAUCGCCCACAGCUACUGCGAGUUCAUGGCUCUUCUGAAGCUGGCUUGUGCGGACACAGCGGCCAGUGGGGGCUACAGCCUCACCUUGGCCUUCCUGAUCGGGGGCUUCGAUGUCUGCUUCAUCGGCCUCUCCUAUGGCCUGAUCCUGCAGACAGUCUGCCAUUUGCCCUCCAGAGAAGCCGGCCUCAAGGCCCUGGGCACCUGCAGCUCUCACAUCUGCCUCAUGCUCAUCUUCUACAUAACAGCUGUCUUCUCCUUCCUCACCCUCCGCUUUGGCCACAAGGUCCCUCAUUCUGUCCACAUCCUCAUUGCCAACGUCUACCUGAUAGUUCCACCAGCGCUGAACCCCAUCAUCUACGGCCUACGGACCAAGAAGAUCUGGGACAGGGUGCUGGGACUCUUUUUCUCGUGA